AUGGGGUCUUUGGAAACCGCCCCUAGGCACAGAGAUCCUUUGCCCUCCAUCGGUUUCCUAGGAAAAGACGGCUCUGGAUAUACACCCCAUCCUCCGGCCGCCGCCUCCCCCACUUCUCUCUUGAGCCCGAACAACAUGUAUUCCGGACAACCCUUGCCGUAUUCCUCCUACCCGCCGUCGCAACAAGGCUAUAUCUCCCCACCGGAGUCGCGUCGAGUUCUUGAGGAUGAGAAAGAAAAGACCACCGGCCGCCAGUCCUUACCGUCCAUUCAUGAAGCCUUGGGCAACGACAAUCCUCUCCCAUAUCCCGCUCCCACCUCCGCACCACCACCGCAAUCCGGACCUCCUGCACCACCCACACAUUUGAUCGGACGCUCCAGCGCCGAAGGACCACCAGGGCCUCCAAACCCAUUCUCCAAUGGGCCAGCCUCUGGCCCACUGAUGCGAGAGUCGGGCUUCCCUGCUCACCAGAACCAGCUCCCGGCCGAGGCCUCUCGAACCAGUCUCACCUCCAUCAAUACGCAAGAGUCGCGAAACGCGUCACUACAUUCUAUCAGCACCGGCAAGUCGCCUACACAAAGCGCCAAGACCGGUAUCACCUCGGUCUCCGGAUCGCAAAACUCUUCCGCCUACGAUUAUAGCGCGCCGCCGUCUGCUGGCAGUGUGGCGUCACCCAAUGGCUACAGCCAUUUCCCUCAUAACUAUUCCUUCUCUACUUCUCAACAGCCGCAGAGUGGUCCGUCAUACCCUCCACCUGGUCCCUACGACAACCGAGCUUACAUGGGUGCGCCACGCGUGGAAGAAGUCAAGGGUGGAUUUGUGGGUCGUCCGAUGCCGGGCCAACUCCAUAGCGACUCGGUGAAGCGACAUCUGGACGUUUACGAUGUGGAGACGUCUCUGAACGAGAUCGCCGAGCUCAGUUCGCGAACAUUGGAGUUUGCACGACACUAUGCGGCUCGGGCACACCAGACACAGCGGUCUGGGCCGGUCUUGGGGUCCCUCCCAACGUUGAACGAGGUGGAGGACAUGCUCCAUCUGCAGCGUCGGAACCAAGAUGCGUUGAUCCGGAUACGGACGGCCGUGGUGAACCAGGAACAGGCACUGGCCGAGCAAAUGGCCCAGCGCAAGGCAUUCAAGCCCGAGGAUGAGCACAUGGCCCUGUACCAGGAAGAGUUCAAGGGCACCGGUGGAUUUGCCGGGGCCGAUUCGAAGAAACGGCGUGGAAAGGCGGCCCCUCCUGGUCGUUGCCACAGCUGUAACCGAGCCGAAACGCCGGAAUGGCGUCGGGGUCCAGAUGGUGCCCGAACGCUGUGUAACGCCUGCGGCCUGCACUAUGCCAAGCUUACCCGCAAGAUGGGUGCCAACAAGGCGGCGACUCUGGGAUCGACCCUGAAGCCCAAGACGGUCCUCGACUCCGCAUCGCCAACCAGUCAUUAA